AUGGGCGUGCGGAUGGCCUCAACCGCGUCUGGCGCUCUGCUUGACCUCUCCCAUCAUGUACUGAUGUUUAUCUCUGUUUCUCAUCCAUCCAGGCCAUAUCUAGCACUGUCAUCCCACGUUUUAUCCACGCCACACUCUCCUGACCGAUCUAACCCUCACCUUACGAGAAGCCUACCAUCUGAACUAGCCGCCCCGGGAGAAAUUCUUGCGAACAUGACGUCGUCCACCACCCCUUCAACUCUAUCCCAUAGCAGGGCUAUCCCAUUCGCGAGCCGGCUUAGCGAACAACUGUCGCAGCGGACCGGACAAACCAGUUCAGGCACCGAUCCCGACCAUGCCGGUGACAAGAACACACCUACACUUGGGCCUCCAUUACGCCCUUCACCGAAUACUCGCUCGCUGAGCGAUGCGGGAAAACCAGUUUCCGCCAUGCCGAUCAAUCACGAUGAAUUCCGCCCGCCCAGCAAAGAUGACUCCUCCCUCUCCUCGACCCCCGAAAUGCCCCAGCGGCCGUCCAUGCAGAGUCUCUCGUUGAACCUCUCUGCCAGAUCUUCCGGACCGUUAUCCUUAUCCAAUCGUGCCCCGCUUUCCCCGAAGCUAGACUCCUCGGCCAUCUACGGCUCGCCGGGCUCCGUGCUGCCCCGUCGUUCCCGUGGCCUGGACUUUUCACGAGCUUGCACCAAUCUCCAUCACUCGACCCUUGCAGAAGCGUCCCCGGACUCCUCUCCGACCGUUGGCGGGCGCGGUGUAAAUAUCCCGCAGCGGCGUGGCUCGCCAGCUUCAGUCUCCGGCCUCCAGUUCUCCACCUCGAACCCCGCCGACAAGGCCACAAUUUCGAGCUCCGUAUCCAGCGUCAACAUGAUGGAAUCUGAUACAAGCAGCAGUGAGGAGGAUGACGAACCCAUGAUUGGCGACCGCGACGACAUGAUGAUCACCAAUACACCCCAGGCGAAGCGGUUGGGAGGUGGGAUGAGUCCGUUUGCUGUGGGGAACGUGUCCAGCCCGGGAAACGAGUGGAUGGGCGGCUACUCACAAGCAGCCGCGAGUCUGAUGAGCUUCCAACGGGCUCGUUUCCGCAAGGGACGAAGCAGGCACAGCUCCAGCAGUGCUAGCGGCAGCUCCAAGCAGAGUCCGGGCCCUCUUUCGCCACCCGUGAUGAAGAGUAUCGAAGGACAGAAUGGAGGAUACUUUGGCGCAGGUCCCCGACGGGCCAGUCUCAGCUUGGGUACGCGGGAUUUGCGCCUGUCGGAUGUCAGCGACGAGGGUGAGAACCGCACUGCGCGUGGGCAGAGCCCAAGCACAUCGAACUCCGAGGGCGGGCCUUUGGGGGUAAUACGACGGGCCGUUACCCGUCGUGGGAGCUUACUGCCAAAAACAAAGACCUUUGCGCGUAUCCGGGCGGCAUUGAUGGAGGAGUCUGCCCCGAUCGAUAGCGAGGCCAAGCGAGAAGCGGAAGUAAUUCGACAAGUAAAAGAGAACGAACCCGACGUUGAAGCGAAAUCACCAUUAGGUGAUCUGUCGGCUCUUGAUACAUCCACCCCUGUUGGUCACGGGCAAACCCCAGAGGAGAUCCCUCCAAAAGCCGGACUAACGACGCCGGACGAACCAAGGUUCAUCGACCAGGCCAAUAGAAAUUCAGGAGGGGUCGAGUUCUGGAAUUCGUUUGACGAGCGCUACCGCACGCCGCCCCCGCCCCAACGCCGACAUGGAGCCUCGUCUGUUUCGGAAGAUGACCUUGCUAUGGAUAUUACACCAUCUACCACAGUAGGGUCGACUACAGAGUUUGCUAAGCCUAGCGAGCGACCUGGCUCGCGAAGUGAAGCAUCCCAGGGUGCUCCGGCUGGGUUUGUGGGUGAGUUCAGGAGGAAACGCCGUCGGGAUGAUGAUUUCGAUCCGAACCUCUUCAAGCGGCGAGCGGUGUCCCCGAGCAUGAGCGCACAGAGCAGCCCGGUCAUGCCUAAUUCACCAGUGGUCAAAGACACGAGUCCCAGCAUUUGGGGACCACCGAGGUCCAACCUUGGCUCGCUGUUCCCAGACCGGCCUGCCACCGACAAUGGGCCACGCAAUGGCAACAACCAUACCGGAACCCUGAAGCGAGUGGGGCUGCAGGGAAUGAAUGAAACCAGUGAUGGGUUCAUGAAUAUGAGCAUUGAGUAG